GGGUUGACAAUUAGAGCUUGCAUGUUACUGCAUUUCCGGACUGCGAUUACACUUGGUCGCAGUUUGGUAUUGUGUUUUAGCGUGUCAAGUUUUUGGAGAAACAUGAAAGUUUGUUACUCUAGUCUUUUCUUUACUGCAUUUGCUCUCUUCCACCUGUGUGCCCUCACGGGUUGCUUUUGCUGAUUGUGUGCAGGUAGUGCAUGACCCGUAGCCAGUCGGGAGAUUUACUAUCAUUAGACCAGGAGUUUGAAUGGACAUGUAGGAACUUCAAGCGGGCUCUAAAGGCGUGACUGGCUGCGGAGGAGGCGCUAGCACAGCUGCAAAUUGUCGACGAAGAAGAGAUGGGUGACCCACAAGACCAUGAUCUGGUCCUUCCUGAGGAGCAGAGCAUGGGAUAUUACUGGACCUCCAGAGUCGCGGACAUGAGGUCGCUCAUCCAGCACCCUCAUGUGCCAGCAAAUAACUUUGAGGUGAGCACCUCUGUCAUUACCAUGCUGCGCGGUUCGGUGGUGUUCCGUGGCAAAGAGGGGGAGUGCCCCCGAUCACAUCUGAGGCGAUUCCACGAGCUCAUCAAUGGAAUCAAGAUCAAUGGGGUCCCAGCCGAUGCAAUCCAGCUGAGGUACUUCCCGUUUACUCUGGAGGGGCAAGCCAAGGAGUGGCUAGACACUCGACCUCCAGGAUCGAUCACCACGAUCGCCAACCUGGCGGACAAGUUCCUCACUCGCUACCAUCCUCCGUCCAAGACGGCGGACCUAUAGAAGCAAAUUACCCACUUUGCUCAGGAUGAAGAUGAGACCAUCCGGGAUGCUUGGGAGAGAUACACCAGUCUAUUCCUCAAGUGUCCCAACCAUGGUUUUACUUACGCCUUCAAGGUGGGCACCUGCUACCAUGUCCUCUUCCCGGAAGACAAGCAGUUGAUUAACUCGGUCUGUGGCGGGAAUAUGCUCACCAAAACACCGCCACAGUUGAAUCAACUUUUUCAAGAGAU